UGUCACAUAGAGGGUUUCAAUUUCAAAGGCUAGAUGGCAGCACUAAGGCUAAACUGCGUCAGCAAGCAAUGGAUCAUUUUAAUGCACCUGGUAGUGAUGAUUUUUGCUUCCUUCUUUCAACUCGGGUAGGUGGCCUAGGUAUCAACCUUGCAACAGCAGAUACAGUUAUCAUAUUUGAUUCGGACUGGAACCCUCAAAAUGACCUACAGGCAAUGAGUAGAGCUCAUAGAAUCGGCCAACAAGAAGUUGUGAACAUCUACAGAUUUGUCACAAGCAAAAGUGUUGAGGAAGAUAUCUUGGAGCGAGCUAAGAAAAAGAUGGUUCUUGACCACCUGGUGAUCCAGAAAUUGAAUGCAGAAGGCAGAUUGGAGAAGAAAGAAGCAAAGAAGGGGAGUUAUUUUGACAAGAAUGAGCUUUCAACUAUCUUGAGAUUUGGAGCAGAGGAAAUUUUUAAAGAAGAGAAGAAUGAAGAAGAAAGUAUAUUGAGAUGAUUUCUUUGGAGCAAUUCUUGACAACAUUUGUAGUUGAGGCCUUUAGAAUGGAAGAAUGUAUUUCACUAAUUUUUGUAUACAUUUCUUGUUUUGUAUUUAGUGAUAAAGGAAUCUGAAUUGGGCAUAAAUUAUGUUGUAAUAUGAUUUCUUAAA